AUCCUGUGUAUAUAUAUGAUAUAUAUUGUGUAUGUUCCUGUGGCAGGCCUUCAGAUCCUCUACACUCUACUGCAGAACGUGACUCAGGAAGAGGCUGCAGCACAGAGCUUCUACCAGACAUACUUCUGCGACAUCCUCCAGCACAUCUUCUCUGUGGUCACUGACACAUCACACACUGCUGGCCUGACGAUGCAUGCCUCCAUCCUGACCUACAUGUUUAACCUGGUGGAGGAAGGGAAGAUCAACACCCAGCUCAACCCCUCCAACCCCGGCAACAACCAGGUCUUCAUACAGGAGUACGUGGCCAACCUGCUCAAAACUGCUUUCCCACAUCUACAGGAUGCCCAGGUCAAGGUGUUCGUAACAGGACUGUUCAGUCUAAACCAGGAUAUUGCAGCCUUCAAGGAACACCUGAGGGACUUCCUGGUACAGAUUAAGGAGUUUGCAGGAGAGGACACCACAGACCUGUUCCUAGAGGAGCGGGAGGCGUCGCUGCGUCAGGCGCAGGAGGAGAAACACAAGCUACAGAUGUCAGUUCCCGGUAUCCUCAACCCACACGAAAUACCUGAGGAGAUGUGUGAUUGAGACGUCCUGCUGUUACUGUACAUACAGGCACACCAACAAACACACAAAACUAACCCGAACAGAAGGAAAGAGAGGUGGGAGGUGGGAGGCCCCCCGGUCACUUUGCUGAGGUACGGAGAGAGCAGACACGCCCGUCCUCAUCCAUCAGCUGUUCUGUCCACCAAAAACCAUGUCAAUAUGUAAAUGAUGACGUACUGCGUCACCCCGUGGCCCGUUACACCUGUUUUAUAUGGGGACUUCUGUGUACUAUGUUUCCACUGUUUAUUUGGUCAGGGGUCAGGGGUCAUCACCCCCCUAGCUGCAUGACAUGAAGCAGACGUAUGGUAAGAUUUCUGAACUUCACUUGUUUCCUCCCCUCCACAUGUUAUCUCUCUCACACACACACACAGACACACACACACACACACACAUAUAUAUAGUGAGACAGAAGAGUUUUUGUGCAACAAGGCAUAUGUGUCAAAAAGUUCUCAGCAAAGAGGCUUCUAGAACUAUGAUGUGACAGACUGGAAGGAAUGAAGUGGUGUUCUAGAAGUGUGUGUGUGUGUGUGUGUGUAUGUGCACCCUGCGUCUGAUUCCCAACCCAAUGCAUUGUGGUUAGAAUGUGAAGCUAGCGGAUUAUGAAGGAAGGAAGUCAGAGAUGCUGCUGCUUUGUGUGUCAGGUGGUCAGGCUAGCGGCCGUGCUCAUUGGUUGAACCUCCGCCCAACUGAAAGAAACCUACUGCGUUUGGUCGCCUGGCUGUGACUGGAGGCGGGAACUAGGAAGACAGGAAGGAGCAUCAUCGGCGCAAGACAGUCAGAUUAUGUGCAUAUCAUCCCAAUUCUAUAGCACAUGAAUUACCAUGGGAACAGCAUUAUUAUUUAGUGUAUUUUUUGUGGGUGUGUUGAGUGCGUGUGCUGUCGCCUAGACGACAUGGGCGUUUAGUUAUCCUCUGUGAGGAUCGUUGCUCCAUGGUGAGCUCUUCAUUCAAAUGGACCUUUAACAGAAAGAAGAAGCGGUUAUUGAAAUGUUAUUUAUGGGUUCAAAAUAACUGCAUCUUUAUAUAACAAACUCCUGUUUAACUUCUGUCGGUCGGCUUUUGAGAUUCUGAAUUGGAACUAAUUGACAUUGUUUACCAUGCUAGUAGUGCUUCAACAACACUACCUUAGAAGACAAGCUAAAAAUAAACACAACUCAGUUUACAUUUCAUUUAGUAUUUUUGCAUUGUUUAUUUGGAUCUUUAUAACAUGUCUUCUAUCCAAAACAAAAGGCUUUUUAUUCCAGAGUGAAAUAAUUAGUUGCCAAUAGUUUGAUUAAGCAACAAAUGUAUAAUUCCUAAUCCAAACUCAAUCUGUAAAUGGCAAAUAGUUCCCCUUCUCUACUCGUUACAGUUGUUGUGAAACUUUUUGAACUGAUUAAAGUUGAGGAUUUUAUAA